AUGCUGCUUCGCAGAACCAACGAGAUGGUGAGCCCGCUGCCCAGCCGCGGCGUCACCUUCAAGCUGGACCCGUCGUCUCCGGCCAGCGAUGCCACGGGCAGGUCGCGACGGGCGAGUUCAAUGGACGACCCUAGGAAGUUCGACGCGAAGGCCUUCAUGCCGAAGCGAGUCAACGCGGAGAUCUCCAAGCGCUACGACAUCGACAAGAACGAGAUUGGGUCCGGCGGCUACGGCAAGGUUUUCGUGGCGAGGGAUCGGCAGCUCAAGGACCGGCUGGUGGCCAUCAAGAAGGUGAUCAUCUUUGAGGAGGCCAAAAAGAAGGCGUUCCUACAGGAGGCCCAGAUCAUGAAGGACUUGGACCAUCCGAACAUCUGCAAGCUCCUGGAGACUUACGAGCAGGGCCGCUUCAUGUUCUUUGUCAUGGAGUACUGCGAGGGGCGGGAGGUCUUCGAUCGCAUCAUGGAGCAGGGCCUCAUCCAGGAGUCGACCACCGCAGAGAUCGUGCGGCAGUCCGCCAGCGCGCUGCUGUAUGCGCACAACCGGGGGAUUGCGCAUCGCGACAUGAAGCCGGAGAACAUUUGCUUCUUGGCCUAA